GAAGAUUUCGGUUUGUUUUUCACAUUUUUCUUUGGUUAGUUUACUGGGAUAUUGGGCUACUUAGUUUGGGGUUUUGUUAUAUUUAUUUCUUUACUUUGGCGCCUCUCUUAGUUCUUUUUUUUCCCCUUCACACUUUGUAAAUAUUUCACGCUCUCUUUAUCAGUAGAGUAUAAUAAACCGCUAAAACUGACUCUGUCGUUGUGCCUGGUCAUUUUUACAACUCCGCCCCAGCAUUAAUUUUAAAUGUUGCGUCCUCACCCCUAGACCACUUUUAAAAGUACGUAACAUUUAAUGGGGGCUCGUCCGGGAUAGAUAAUUAAGAGAUUAUCACCCGUCGUAAUUAAUUAUUGCUGGCGUGGGUUGUGGAGUGACCAUGGUUUUUUUUUGGUAAAUCGGUUUUGUAUGGUAAUUUCGGCGUGACUGGUUAAUUGGAUACGUGCGUAAUUAUGGCUGAAUUUGCUUUGGAGACGUUUCUUAAAUCGCCUUCGCUAGAGUUGAUUGAUAAAUGUCGGAAAGACGAUUUAUUGUGUAUCGCUGCCCACUUUAAAAUUGUGGUUACGAAACAACAGCUUAAGAGAGAUAUAAAGAGUGCUGUUUUGCAACAGUUAGUGGAACUGGGUGUUUUGGUGUUGCCUGCUGGAGCAGGAAAAGAGUGUCUUGAGUCCGACGAGCACCUGUCUCUGUCUGGUGAUGAGGCGCCGGGUGGAGCCGCCGAGGUGGAGGGUUCCGAAACCAAGGCUGCCCUGCCGGCCUUUGAACCUUUUUCUCCUGCCUCUUUAGGGUCUGGAGGUGACGCACGGCUGAAGGUUCGCUUAGCGCGAGUCCAGCUGGAAGCACAGGAGCGGGUUGAGGGUCGUCGGGCCGAGCUUGAAUGGCGACUAAAAGUUCGCAAGCUUGAGAUUGAAGCGGAAACGCAGAUUAAACUGCGUGAGCUCGAGCUGAAUGCUGCCAGAAAUGCACCUGCCCCAGUUAUUCCACCGGUGCAGACCGCUAGUGCUCCGUUGGGAGUAGGGAUAGCGGGCACCACUUUUGAUUCUUGCAGCACGACAUUGAUGUGGGUGAAGCCAGGCCAAUUAAACAACAUGCAUAUCGGGUAAAUGUCACGAAGCGUGCUGUUAUGCGAAGUGAGGUGGAGUAUCUGCUUGAGCAUGGGCUUGCUAAGCCUAGCUGCAGUCCCUGGAGCUCCCCCUGCCUGCUAGUCCCAAAGAGUGAUGGCACGACGCGCUUCUGUACGGACUAUCGAAAGGUGAACGCAGUUACCAUUCCAGAC